CAGACCGCAGCGGCCCUCCAGCACCGCCGUCUGCGCGCCCGUCCCCGGCUCCGAGACGAGCAGACAGCUGGGCUGCCCCAGAAUGGGGUCGACGAGCGUUGCGACGCCGAUGCUCAUUGGACGGCACCGCGAUGGAGGCACCCGCAAAUAGCGGCGCUAGCGGACCCACUUUAUUUUCGUCGCUAUCAAACUUCUCGAACGCCCAAACGCUGCCCUCACGCAUCGCAGCAGCAGCACCACCGCCAUACCGCUCGCCAUGGCCGCCGUCUACAAGCACCUGUCUGGUAAUGACCGCGACGACGAGAAGCCGACCGCCGAGAAGCGCAACAAGCAGCGCGUGCUCAUUCUGAGCUCGCGAGGUGUGACUUUCCGCCAUCGCCACCUGCUGCAGGAUCUGUACUCGCUGAUGCCUCACAGCCGGAAGGAGGCAAAAUUCGACUCCAAGACUAAGCUGUACAUGCUGAACGAGAUGGCCGAACUCUACAACUGCAACAACAUCAUCUUUUUUGAAGCCAGGAAAGGCAAGGAUCUGUACUGUUGGAUCAGCAAGCCACCAAACGGCCCCACGGUCAAGAUGCAUCUCCAGAAUCUGCACACCAUGGAGGAGCUCAAUUUCAUUGGCAACUGCCUCAAGGGAUCCAGGCCCAUUCUCUCCUUCGACGCCGGAUUCGACAAGCAGGCCCACCUCCGUGUCAUCAAGGAGCUCUUCACCCAGAUUUUCGGCGUCCCGAAGAACUCCCGCAAGACCAAGCCAUUCGUAGACCACGUGAUGGGAUUCACAGUCGCAGAUGGCAAGAUCUGGGUUCGCGUGUACCAGAUCAACGAGUCUGAGACCAGUAAGAAGAAGCCCAUUGACGCAGACGACGUCGACGUUGAUGAGCUGGUGUCCAAGAAGAAGGGAAAGACGUCCGAAUUUGACGUCAGCCUGGUCGAGAUUGGUCCCCGUUUCGUCCUCACACCCAUCGUAAUCCAGGAGUCGAGUUUCGGCGGGCCCAUCAUCUACGAGAACAAAGAGUUCGUCUCGCCCAACCAGGUCCGUUCCGACUUGCUCAAGUCCAAGGCCGGCCGCUUCAACACCCGCACAGAUGCGCAACGCGAAUCGAGGGACAGGCGCGCAGAACUCGGCCUCUUAUCGCACGGAGGCGUCAAGAAGGCGAAGGACCCGCUCAGCAACCAGGUCCUCUUCGCAUAGUGUUUCGAAAGCGGUCUGGCAAAAGCAUGGCGUUUACAGGUUUAUUCAUUUUCAACUGGCGCAGGAU